ACCGCGUGGCUCGCACUCGCACUCGACUGCAUUCGAGACGCUACUGUGCUCAAGUGUGCGUCGUGCGGGCAUGAACGGUACGUAUGCGCUUCGGUGAUUUUAGUACGGCGUAGAAGCGAAUUAUUUCUGACGUGCGCGUCGUCAGUUAGUGACAGUUUGAAUCAGCGAAAUCGCACCUGAGUAUGGCAGCUAAGAUGCAGCAUCCGUUCGAACCGCCUAGCUCGGCAAGCUCGGAAAGCGACGAUGGCGAUGUGUGUCUGGACGACCGCGAGAUUUUUCUCGCCGACGAGCUGUGCGAAGAUGCCGAGCAUUACAAAUGUUCCGACGUCGGUACGCCGACGCCGCAGUCUCCGAGGCCACCGUCCACAGGUUCACAAAAAUCUCCACGAUCACGAAGACAGCGUACCACCAGCAUGUCCCAAUCAAGCAAGAAAACAUCCGCAGAAUCCAUCCUCAGGAGCAAGACUCGAACCAUUUACACAGCUGGUAGACCUCCCUGGUACAAUUCAGCUGGUCAGCAAGUAGAACCUUUCGUAAUUGGUAUUUGUGGAGGCAGUGCUUCGGGAAAAACAACAGUUGCAACUAAAAUCAUAGAAUCUCUAGAUGUACCAUGGGUGACUCUUCUAAGCAUGGAUUCUUUUUAUAAAGUGUUAAACGAGAAGCAACACGAGAUGGCUGCUUGUAAUGAGUAUAAUUUUGAUCAUCCUGACGCCUUUGAUUUCGAACUUCUCAAGAUCACGUUGCAACGUUUGAAAGAAGGACGAAUGGUAGAAGUUCCUAUUUACAAUUUUGUGACACAUCGCAGAGAAAGCAGAACGAAAACCAUGUAUGGCGCCAAUGUCAUUAUCUUUGAGGGAAUACUUACCUUCUACAAUGUCGACGUGUUGAAGAUGUGUGACAUGAAAGUGUUCGUCGAUACCGAUGCGGACGUUAGGCUGGCUAGACGUUUACGGAGAGACAUAUCGCAAAGGGGCAGAGAUUUAGAGGGCGUACUGAAACAGUACAGUCAGCACGUGCAGCCGGCUUUCUAUUAUUACAUUGCGCCUCUUAUGGUUCAUGCGGAUAUUAUCGUGCCGCGCGGUGGAGAUAACGAAGUGGCAAUAGAACUUAUUGUGCAACAUGUUCACACUCAACUUCAGCUGAGAGGCUUCAAGUUAAGAGAAAAACUGGCUCACUCUUCCAUUGGUCAGCCACUGCCUUCGUCAUUGUACUUACUUCCCGAUACUCCACAGAUAAAGGGCCUGCACACAUUUAUACGCAACAAGGAUACUUACAGAGAUGAAUUUAUUUUUUACUCCAAAAGAUUGAUCCGUCUAGUCAUUGAAUAUGCUUUGUCUCUUCUACCGUUUGAAAAAGUAACAGUUGAAACGCCGCAAGGAGUUUUGUACAACGGUAAACGGGGUGCAACGGAUAAAAUAUGUGGCGUGUCGAUUUUACGGGCUGGUGAAACCAUGGAGCAGGCUGUUCGAGAUGUGUGUAAGGACAUACGCAUAGGAAAAAUUCUUAUCCAAACCAAUCAACAGACUGGGGAACCCGAACUGUAUUAUCUUCGAUUACCAAAGGAUAUAAAAGAUUAUAAAGUAAUAUUGAUGGACGCCACCGUUGCGACCGGCGCAGCCGCUAUUAUGGCGAUCAGGGUUCUUCUCGAUCACGACGUUGCUGAGGAAAACGUGUUGCUGGUGUCGCUAUUAAUGGCGGAAUCUGGCGUGCACUCGAUCGCGUACGCUUUUCCGCGAGUGAAAAUUGUCACUUCCGCGGUAGAUCCCGAGAUAAACGAGAAAUUUUACGUAUUACCUGGCAUCGGCAAUUUUGGUGAUAGAUACUUCGGCACCGAGCCGUCUGAUGAUUGAGGCAGCUCAUCAAUAUAUUAUCUAUUAGUACUUAUAUUUAUAAUAUUAUUACACACAAUAUUGUGUCCAUUGUGAUAUGAAAAAUGAUAAAAAUAUAUCUAUUGUAUCUUUAAUAAAAAUUGAAUUACAUUGA